AUGGGUCGCGUUCGCACGAAGACGGUGAAGAAAUCCUCUCGUCAAGUGAUCGAGAAGUACUACUCUCGCAUGACGCUCGAUUUCCACACCAACAAGAAGAUUCUCGAAGAAGUCGCAAUCAUCCCUUCGAAGAGGCUCCGUAACAAGAUCGCCGGAUUCUCCACUCAUCUCAUGAAGAGAAUCCAGAAAGGACCUGUUCGUGGAAUCUCACUCAAGCUUCAGGAGGAAGAGCGUGAGCGUCGUAUGGACUUUGUACCCGACGAAUCCGCCAUUAAAACCGAUCACAUCGAGGUCGAUAAAGAGACCCUCGAGAUGCUUGCUUCCUUGGGAAUGUCCGAGUUGCCUGGUGUUGUUAAGGUCGAACCAGCCUCUGCAGCUCCGGUUGCUGCCUUUGGAUUUGGCCGUGGAAGGAAGUUCUAG